AUGUCUUUAUUCUCAGUUUUUAUGCUCUGUUUCUUCUCUACCUACUCUUUUAUCCCCCUCACUUUGCCUUCACCAUCCAACCCUCAGGCUCUGAGUCUGAACAUCAGCAGAGCCAGAACAACCGAGUCGCUCCUCGCAAGCACCAGAGCUGCUAGCUUCUCCGGCCACCUGCCCUCCAGAUUGCGGAAGUACCCCCAGGAGGUAGCGCUGUCCUCCUUGACGGCCUCCUCCAACCAGGCCAAAGCACUUCUGGCUAGCCUUUCCGCGUCCAGCCUCUCAGCCGAGUCCCUCCUCCUCUCGUCCACCUUCAGACACCACCGGUUACUGAGAGAGCAGAACUUCAGCUCCUCAAGCCUUCCUCUUCCCAUCUCCAACGGUCGCUCCCCUCCCUCUCCAACCUCACCCACGUCCUCUUCCUCACCCUCAUCACCCUCUGCUCUCACCUCUCUGAGUCUGUCCUCGCUAGCCCUGAAACCCACCGCCAUCCACAGCCUGGAGUUUGACAAGGAGCGGAACAAGACUGAACCCAAGACGGUGACUCGGGAUGAUGGGGAAUAAGGAAGGACAUUUCUGGAAUUGUUUCUUAUGUAGGAUGCAGACAGCACAAGUAGAUGAAAUGCAACGUACCUAAAAGAAAGUUUUUUUGGGGGCUUAGUUUCUGUAGCUUUUGUUUCCGAAUCUAUCCCUACCAAGUCGCCUUUCGGAUAACGGACAUGUGGUGCACUGAGGCAGAUAACUUACUUACCUUUCUGCAUCGCGGGUCCACUUUUCUUCAGUUUGUGAGUAGAUCCAAACUGUAAACUCUACCUACCAUGCAUUUCUGCCAGUUCCAACCAACAGAUGGGCUUGGACACUCACCACCAGCCUGUUUCCAGCUCCACCGCACAGCCAGCAUCACACCACCCACGGGAGGCCUGGGGAAGGACUCUUUACCCAAACCCUCAUUCAUUUGCCAAAUCUCACAUGUUGGAGAUCUAGCUGAGUUCGGUAGAUGUCCAUCAAGUGUAAAAUCAAGACUGUAAGACUAUGUAAAACCAAGUAGAGUUGCAAUAAUCGAAAGUGAGUACUGUAGUAGUCGGUGUUUGUUGAGACGUUUUAUUGCUCAUAUCUAUAUCAACAAAAGGAAUGUUAAAAAAAAAUACAGCAAAAACUUAAUGUGAAGGAAAUGUCACUCGUUCUAAUGUAGAUUUUGGCUAUCAGUCGUAAUGCUAAAAGAAAAUAACUGAAAUUGGUGCUAUGAUUAACAUUUUGCUGAUUAUACACUUCCUUAAAGGGAUAGCUCACCCAUUAAUGAACAUUCUGUCAUGAUUUACUCAUUCUUAAAUUGUUCCAAACUUACUUUCUGAAUUUGUGUGGUCAAAAACAUUCUUCAAAAUAUCAUCUUUUGUGUUCCACAGAAGAAAGUCAUACAGGUUUGGAAUUACAUGGGGUGAGUAAAUGACAGUAUUUUCAUUUUUGUGUAAAAUAUCCUUUUAAUGCACAUGCACUGCCUAAGAGUCAAGCGUUAUUUUCAUUUACGCUCAAAUAGGUCUUCAAACAGCAAUUUUACAUGUUUGCUUUAACAAGUUGUCAUGGCAGAAGAGGAAUUGUUGGAAACUGGAGUCCUACUUUCUAUCACCUGAGGAUAUUGUGAAAUGGUUUGGGGGCUGUUUUUUCAAGUUCUUAUUAGUCACAGUUUCUAUGUAAGGAUAUAUUUAGGAAACUUCCCUAGUUGUCGUUAAAAGAAGCACAACAGGUUUUAGAGGCUAGAGAAAGUACAAUGAUCUGACAAUCAUCAAAUGUUCGGCACAAGCUGUUUUAACCUUUUGGCCUCCCAGAUUGUGAAAUUUAAUUCCAAUUUAAAAUGAACAAACAAACAGAUGGUUAGGUUCACAAUGUAAGGACUGAGGGACAUGAUCCAUUGAGUGGAAGACAUCUGUGCGGUAGAGCAUUCCAACUCAUCCUUUUUCCUAAUGAGCUGAUCAAACCCUUCCUUGCUUGUCUAUCAAAGCCACAGACACUAAGAUUCAUUUUCAUUGUAAGAAGGUAAUUGUGUGACUGUCUAUGAUUACCUUGGGUGGGGAUACAAAUAUGUCACACAUUUUGCAUACUGAGUGGUUUUGUUUUUUGGUCAUUGAGGCUCUGGUUAUGCCCACUCAUCAUCUUUUCUCAUUCCAGUUCUCAUGACACACACAGACACACAAUGUUAAAGCUUUCUCACAAGUGUAUUCCUAUGUUGUGAAUUUAUCAAUGCCACACAACCUGCAGUUUGAGCUCAGAGAAUUUAAAUGUGAAAAGAAUGAGUUGAACGGAGCAAAAGGGGAGAUUUUUCCAGCUUUCUAACGAAACGAAUGUGUGAAAUUGAUUGCUCGUGAUGCAGGGUUUAAAAUAAUGGCUUAAGCACUAGGUCGACAGCGAGAGUAAAUGGCCAGAGAGAGAGAUUAGUGGUGUUACUCCGUGUCUCGCAGCCAAAUAGGCCUGUAAUUCAUGUCCGAAAUUCACAAUGAAUCACAUGGGGAGGCACUGCGAGAGGCAAAAAGGCCAAGCGUAGGCUGUUACAUGCAUGGAAACGUCUUCAUUUAAGGCAUGGCUUGACUAUGGUGUUGUUUGAAUUUAACUUUUGUCAAUGAAGGAUCAAAAUGAAGCUUUAUUUGAAUUCAUGUCUGUAUCUGCUAGUAACACAAAAAGUUGAGCAACCAGGUGGCUCACUGCUUUGCUAACUCCUUAAAAUUACAUUUGUCCAAAAAGAUUGAAACUUUUCUUGAUUUUUCUCUCUGUCUGGAAAGUUCCCAGUAAGCGUCAUAUUCGCAGCUCUGCUGCUAAAGGCCUAUUUAAGGACCCAGACAAAACUGCUAGUACAAAAUAGCAAACGAGACGAAUUUAGCAAUUCAUGCUGCAGUGAGCACACUCAAACGAUCAAAACGUUACCCUUGUGGCUACGAUUUCUCAGAAACGAGAAGUGGGUUUCAUGCUUGAAUGGAGAGGCUACGAAUCUACAGCACUUCCUGUCAGGAAGUACAUUUCAUCCUCUUAGUAAAGCCAUUGGUAGAAAUAUGUGAGCCAAGACUUUCUUGACCCCCUCAGAGACUGCAAUGCACAUGUGUAGGAAUGUGGUGAAAUCUCCCUUUUUAAAAGUAAGAUCUUUCUCUCAGAAGACAUCAGCUCACACGUGAUAUCUUUAAAGUUAGUCAUUUAUUUUUCACUCAACACGGUUGGAAAAAAAUGUAUGAUGCAAGAUUUGCGUUUGUAUAUUUUUUUUUUUGUUGAUUUUAUAUUAACUGAGAUUUAUUUGUACAUAUUUUUGUUUUUGUAAUCCUGAGGAAAUAUAUAGCACACUAGAAAAUGAUUUAUUCAUAAGAGAAGUGUUUUGUAUAUUGAGUUUAAAAUAUUACUCUGUACAGUCCAGUUCAUGUAUAAUGUAUAUCUGCAUUUUAACCACAGGUUGAUUAGUUUUGUUAAUUAUAAUUUUAUGAGUUUUCAAGUGUUGGGUGAAUCUGAAAAAGAAAAAAAAGAAAAAGAAAAAAGCCUCUAUCCAGCCAAGAAUUGAAGUAAUGUGAUCUGGGUCAAAUCUGGUUUAUUGCUGAUACUUAUGAAGCUCUAAUGAUCUGUAUCGUGACCUGAGAAUGUCAUUUGCUAAGUGUUAAUUUGUUGCUUUGCGUGAAAUUAACAACUUGUAAAUGAAAUGGCACGGCCCUCGUCUGUCCUCUAGUGGAAGGGAGUAAGUCUGCAACUUCUUUGCUUAUAAGUAUAGUUCCACCGUGAGACUCUACUAACAAACAAAUGUUUAAAUUGAGACAAUGAACAAAUGCCUUUUUCAACUAAACUUAAGCGUUUCUGCCAAAAUCUGCACAUUUUGACAGGUUAGAGUUUUCCCCCCGGAAAGACAGCAGGAAAUAGGAGGAGCUGGAUGCUUCUGCUAGUUACAGUAUAUCUGGUUUACUAGGCCAAAAAUAACAUAAUUUGGAGAAAGCACGUUAUUUGUUAAAUAGUCUAUGAAGGAACGUCUUUAUGUAGAAUAUUUUACCAGAGCUCUUUAGUCCCUUAAGUGAGAUUUUUCUACAUGGAUGUAUGGAUGUUACAAAAUUCUGACAUCAAACAAUAGUAAUAAAAUACUACAAAACAGUAAAAGAAAAAAAAAAAAAAGACAGAUAAUAAGACUAUAACAUGUAAAUAAAAGCUUAAUUAUUAGAGUCCUACAAAAUUAUGUCCAGAAAAAAAAAGUUUUAUUUAAAGAUGGAGUUAUAAGGUAUAUAUUAAAAGUUUAAAAAUACUAAAAACAAUAAUUAUAGCAAUGCAUGUACAUUCUAAGAGCAAUCGCACGGUGCAGAUGAUUUUAAAAAACAAAGUUAUCUACAUGGUUUUUUUUUUUGUUUGUUUUUUAAAGAGUCAACAGAGAUAAUAGUGAGUGCACUGAUAUGAGGUUCACAGCUGUAGAGUCGAAAUAGGAAAAAAAUUACUUUUUAUAUGUCUGAUUUCUUUGUGGCUCAGGCAUGUCCAGUCUUACUGUAACCUGUGGUGAUGUGGUAACCAGACUUGAUUGGCAAGCUCUGAGUGUGUUUUACUGAAUGACUGAGCAGAUUAAACUCAGCUCUGACCAUCAACGCUCCAGUAACGGUGCGAGCCCUUUACCCACGCUGUGACCCUCCCAUCUCUAGACUAGAGUAAUGUACCAACUGAAUCGCUCUAUAUACAAAUUAGAUAUAUAAACACCUAGAUACAGAAGAAAAAGAAAUUAAUUUGUCAGUGUGAAUGCCAUGAUAACUUUGUGAGAAAUGUGACUUUAUUUUUUUUCUUUUCUGUGAGAAAAUGUUGAGAGCUGAGACCUUUUGUACAUACUUGCUGUGGUUGUGUGUCUAAUAAAGUACAGCUCUCUUCUAUGACAACA